UGUUGAGAAAGUGAGAGAGAAAAAGAGUAAAAAAAAAGAAUGAAAAAUUUUUUUGUAUUUUUUCUAUUUUUUUAUAGUAGUAAUUUAUUGAUUACAUCAAUAAAUUGUAAUAUUUGGCAAGCAAUAUUCAAUCCAUCAUCAUUAUAUAAUGGUAAAAAAAAUCGUUUCCUUUGUCAAACAUUAGAUAAUGUUAGACAUAUAUUUAAUGUUCAUAAUGAAUUGUUUAUAAUAUUUGUUAUAAAUCAUAAUCCAAAUUCAUUACCCGAAACAUAUUGGAUAAUUGAUAAAUUAACAAAUAAUUAUACAAGAGUUGAUUGGUUAUAUUCAGCUGAUGCAUCAGGUUUACAACGACGAUUAGUCGGUGUUGAAUGGGAUACAACCAGCAAUGGUGAUGAACAAUCAAAAAUUAUUGUUAUACAUGAUCCAUCAAAAGCUGAAGCAUUAAGAAUGACUGGUAAAAAACAACAAAUAUUUCAUAUAACAACAUAUGAAUAUGAUACAGAUUCGGGUUUAUUAUUUUUUAUUGAAUCAAAAUUUAAAAAUGAUUAUCAAACAUUAUUGAAUGAAAAAUAUGGUGAUAUUUCAAAUAUUUAUCAACCAAUAAAUAAUGUAAAAAUAUUUAAAUUUUAUAAUACCGAUCAAUAUAUUGUAUUACGUGAUAAUAAAAUUUCAAAUGAAAAAGGAAAUGUUCAAAAAACAAAUGAUAUAAUAUUAAAUGGAAUAUUUUUAUAUCAAAAUCGUUUUUAUAUUUAUUCAGAUUCGGAUACUAUUUAUAAUACAACAAAUGAAGAUGAUUUUCAUUUAAAAAAAUCAUCAUCAAGCAAUACAUAUAAAUAUGAUGAUUUUUUUAAAUGUUAUGGUGAACCAAAAAUUAAUAUGCAAUUUGUUUAUCUUAUGCUUGGACAAAUAUUAAUGGUUAUUUUAAUGAUUAUUAUAAAUAUUAUUUGUUUAUGUUUGGUAACUAAUUGGCGUAGACCAAUGAAUAAAAAACAAUUGGAUAAAAUUCGUGUAAAUUCAAUGGAUAUAACUGGAUCAUUAUCGACAACCGAUACAACAACAGCAACAAACAGACCAAUCAAACCAAACAAACCAAUAACAGGUGGUACUGGUCGAUUUAGAAAUCGUUUACAAGCAUUAUCAGCAUCAUUUACAACAUCAUUUAAAGCUUAUCCAAAAUAUAUUAAGAAAAGUUUUUUCUAAAAACAAAACAAACAAAA